UAGACAGUUAACUAGAAAGAAAAAACAUGAAGUUAGAAAAGUGUUUAACUAGUGAUAAUUUAAAUAAAAAGUUAUUGAAUAUUCGGUAUGCGGUGCGCGGGCCCAUCGUGGACAGGGCUCAGCAGAUAGAACGGGAAUUGGAGAAGGGUGUGUCGAAGCCAUUCUCUCGCGUGGUCCGCGCAAACAUCGGCGACUGCCAAGCGCUCGGUCAGAAACCCAUCACCUUCGUCAGACAGGUGUUGGCAUUAGCGGCAUGUCCUGACUUGAUGAACUCACCAGAAAUACCUGAUGAUGUAAAGGAACGGGUCAAGGAGAUACUGGAUGAUUGCACGGAAAGAUCAGUAGGCUCAUACUCACCAUCUGCGGGGCUGAACAUAGUGCGCCGUCGCGUGGCGGAGUACCUCGCAGCAAGAGACGGAGUGCCGGCCUCCAGCGACGACAUCCAUCUGGGAUCUGGAGCCUCUGACGUCAUUAAAUCUGUACUCACCCUGUUCGUUGAGGAUGUGGAUGGAAAGCCGCCAGCGGUCAUGAUCCCCAUUCCCCAGUACCCACUGUUCUCUGGGACUCUCUCUGAGCUUGGUCUGGUCCAAGUGCCAUAUUACCUAGCCGAGGAUGCGGAGUGGGCGCUGCAGGUGGACGAGCUGGAGCGGAGCUGGAACGAAGCGAGCGAGCACAGCUGCGUCAGGGCACUCGUAGUUAUCAAUCCUGGGAAUCCUACGGGACAGGUUCUGUCACGAGAGAACAUAGAAGAAAUAAUAAAGUUCGCGCACAAACGCGAGCUGUUCCUUCUGGCGGAUGAGGUUUACCAGGAGAACAUUAUAAGUAAACCGUUUCAUUCUUUUAAGAAGGUAAUGUACUCGAUGGGCUCUCCUUACAACAGCAUGGAGCUAGCCAGCUUUGUGACUUGCUCCAAGGGCUGGGCGGCGGAGUGCGGGCUGCGCGCCGGUUUCGUGGAGCUGCUACGGGUGGCCGCGCCGGUGCUCAGCGCUUUCCGCGCCGCGCGCGCCGUCAUGCAGUGCCCGAAUGUGCUGGGGCAGUGUGUCAUGGAUUGUGUUAUGCGUCCCCCCCGUCCCGGCGAGGCGUCGUACUCGCGGUGGAGCGGCGAGCGCGCGCGCGUCGCCCGGGUGCUGCGGGAGCGCGCCGCCACCGCGCACCGAACAUUCAAUAGCAUUCCGGGCUAUAGCUGUAAUGUUAUUGAUGGCUCCAUGUUCGCAUUUCCGCGGAUUGAGAUACCUGCACGCGCGCAGGAUGACGCAGCCCAGAUGAAUUUAGCUCCAGAUGAGUUCUACUGCUUACGACUUCUGGAGGAGACAGGUGUGUGUGUCGUCCCCGGCACUGGAUUCGGCCAGAAGCCUGAAACAUUUCACUUCCGCACCACCAUCCUGCAUCCUCGUGAAGAGUUCCAGCACAUGAUGGACAGCAUCACGCGGUUUCACAAUAACUUCCUGCAAAAAUAUUCUGAAUGAUUUAUGAAGAAGUUAACGUGCGAGAUAAUCUCAAACCCGUUACCUAAUUAAUACUUGAGUGGAAGUAGAAUAUAACUUAUUUUUUUGGGCUAUGCAAAACAACCAAAUGCGUUUUAAUAAUU